CAAAAGGAGUUUCCAAUGCAAACCUCUUCAAACAAAAAAUUAGUUGAACAGGAAGCAUAAGUAAAUAGCUUCUAGGGUAAAACAGAAAAAUGUCCUCCACCAUUUCUCCGCUCGCCGGUCUAACGGGUAAAGUAGCGAUCAUCACCGGCGCGGCCAGUGGCAUAGGUCGUGCCACAGCCAAGGCCUUCGCAACUGUCGGGACUAGCGUCAUCUUGGUCGAUGUCGACGAAACAGGACUCCAAGAAACGGAGAAAGAAGUACUUGUGGUCUUAGAUGAAAGAUUUGGAUCUUUUCCGGUCGGCGUUGAAGACGGAGGACGAGGAGCUGCAGCUGGCAAUUCUGCUUCUCCUGCUACCGUAGUCUCCUGUGUUGUCGAUGUAAGCAGUCCAAAAGCGAUCCGUGAUUUCGCAGAUGACCUAGCGAAUCGAGGAAAAGAACACUCUCGCGUGGACAUCUUGAUCAACAAUGCAGGUGUGGGGAUAUUCUGUCCCGUAGUCGGAGGUGAUCUUAUUCUUAAGGAUAAUGGAAAUGCCGGUGUCCACAAGCAGGAGGAGAAAGAAGACACCACAUGGGAAAAUCAGUGGCGACAGUGUUUAGAUGUCAAUUUGAUGGCGCAAGCACGCUUGGCGCGUGCACUUAUCCGAAGAGGAGUGUUGGUUACCUCACGGGCGGGGGCGUCAACGUCAUCAUCACCGAUCGAAGAUCAUGAAGAUGAAAAACAGCCUGCUACUUGUAAUUCUUCAUCUCCAUCAUCUCACUCAUCUCCUCGCGCUCCGUCAACACCCUGCACCUCCGUCAUCAUCAACGUCACGUCCACCGAAGCACAUGCUGCAACACUCAAUAACGCCGCUUACGUCACUUCGAAGCACGCUGCCAUUGGUCUGACUCGCGCCCUCGCUGUGGAACUUGCACAGUGGGGCGUGCGCGUGAAUUCUGUGGAUCCUGGUAGUACACGAACUGGUAUCACAGCGGCGAUCCCAGAAAGACUAAAAGAGGUGCAUGCGCAACGCCUCGUACCGUUGCGGAGGUACGCUGAACCAAGUGAAGUGGCAAAUGCUAUCGUGGCACUAUGCUUGCCUAGUCUGUCCUACGUCACAGGUGCUAGCUUGCUCGUGGACGGAGGGCAUAUAGCGAAUAAUGCUUUGUUACCGAGUGGAAAUCGUGUCAAGAUAUUAAAGAGAUCGAAGUUGUAAAGUUACAAUGACUAUCUUAAUUCUUGUUUGACAUGAAAGAAAAGAAACUAAGGAGCUCAAGAAAAUGAAGAAAAUGUAAAUGCAGCCGUAUUAUGGUGUUGAGUUAUGUUCAAGUUCAUGCAUAAGCAUAUCAAGAUGAAGAUCAAAACCACAAGAAGUAAAAACGUGGAUCAAAACCAAAUUCGCGUAGCGACCCUGUCCUUCUUGGAGUGGUACUUUUUAUGAUACAACAAGCUCAUAGUCAUACUCUUACUCCUACCCAAUAGCGAUCGUCACGCACUCGCUCUUGACAUCAACCAAAGUAAGCAGGAAUUUUAGCGCUUGAAGAUUCUGUGGUCAGUAUGACGCCAUGCUAUUCUGUAACGAGGUAAAUUCGUGGUUCUGUUCAUGCCAGAC